AUCUGAAAACGUGGCACCCAAGUUCAAUUCAUACACUGACUCUCCAAUUUCAACAUUUCCACAAUAUAUAACCGUCUCCUCUGUUGACUGCCAUAACAAACUCCCCACCAAAAACAAUGGCACCAUUCCUCUCUGGCCCACCACAACUCUCAACCCCACCACCAUCUUCCACCCCCUCCGCCGCCACUACAACCCCAUCUGGCGACCCAUUUGUCGAUCUUAUGGUGGCGAACUUCAACACCCCUUCUCCACCACAACCAUUAAUGGGCUUCACUGAAAACGGCUCCGCCACCUUUCUCACCACCGGAAACCCCUGUCUAGACCUCUUCUUCCAAGUCGUCCCCGGCACCCCCGCUGAGUCUCUCACCGAACUCCUCGAUCUGGCUUGGGCCCACAACCCGUUGACCACCCUCAAACUCAUCUGCAACCUCCGUGGCGUUCGUGGCACCGGUAAAUCCGAUAAAAACGGGUUUUACACCACCGCGUUCUGGCUCCACAAACACCACCCUAAAACCCUCGCUUGUAAUCUCCCUGGGUUCGCCGAUUUCGGGUAUUUCAAGGAUUUCCCUGAAAUUUUAUUCCGGAUUCUGGGUUUAACCCAUAUUCGUAAGAUUAAAAAGAUCAAAUCCGACCCGUUAGAUGGUGGGCACCGUGGUCCAAGGCGGCAAAAGUUUAAGAACUCGGCUGCGAAGAGGAAGAAGAAGGCGGCUGCUGCGGAGAGGAAUCGCGCUGAUGCGGCUGUACGGCAACAGAAAGAACAACAGGUUGCCGGUGAACUCCGCCACCAAAAGAAGGCUGAGCUAGCAAACACCGCGUUGGAACGUUACAACCGCGACCCAGACUACCGGUUUCUCCACGACCGUGUGUCUGAUCUUUUUUCCGAUCACCUGAGAACCGAUUUGGAGUCCUACAACGACGGAAACCUCAACAAAAUCAGCCUCGCCGCGAAAUGGUGCCCGUCAUUGGACUCGUCUUUCGAUAAAGCCACCUUACUCUGUGAAGCCAUCGCUAGGAAGGUGUUUCCCCGGGAGAAAUUAGUCGAGUACUCGGGUUUGGAAGAGGCUCAUUACGCUUACCGGGUUCGAGACCGACUUCGGAAAGAUGUACUGGUGCCGCUACGCCGCGCAUUGGAGCUUCCCGAGGUGUUUAUGGCGGCCAACAACUGGAAUGAGUUGCCUUACAACAGGGUUGCUUCGGUGGCGAUGAAGUCUUACAAGGAGCAUUUCCUCAAGCAUGAUGAAGAGCGUUUUAAGGAGUAUCUUGAACAGGUGAAGUCCGGUAAGGCGAAGAUUGCCGCCGGAGCGUUACUCCCACACGAGAUUAUUUCAUCAUUAAAAGACGGCGAUGGCGGCGAGGUGGCGGAGCUGCAAUGGAAGCGGAUGGUUGAGGAUUUAUCCAAAGAAGGGAAGCUAAACAACUGUAUUUCCGUCUGUGACGUUUCUGGUUCUAUGUCAGGGACUCCAAUGGAGGUCUGUGUUGCUCUAGGAAUGCUGUUAUCUGAGCUCGCAGAGGAGCCAUGGAAAGGGAAGGUGAUCACAUUCAGUGCAAACCCACAACUUCACGUUAUUCAAGGAGAUACUCUAAAGUCAAAGAUGGAGUUUGUUCAAGCUAUGGAUUGGGGGAUGAACACGAAUUUCCAGAAAGUGUUUGAUCUGAUUCUCAGUGUUGCAGUCAAGGGCAAGCUUCCUGUGGAGAAGAUGGUGAAAAGGGUGUUUGUGUUUAGUGACAUGGAGUUUGAUGAAGCGUCGAGUCAUCCAUGGGAGACUGAUUACAUGGUGAUUAAGAGAAAGUAUGAGGAGAAUGGGUAUGGGAAUGCUGUGCCGGAGAUUGUGUUUUGGAAUCUUCGAGAUUCGAGGUCGAUACCGGUGGCGAAGAACCAGGAAGGGGUGGCGCUUGUGAGUGGGUUUUCGAAGAAUAUGUUGAAGUUGUUCUUGGAUGGGAAAGAGGAUCAGCUUAGUCCUGAAACUGUUAUGGAAGCUGCUAUUUCUGGGGAAGAGUAUAAUAAGCUUGUUGUUUUGGACUGAUUAUUAAUGGUAGAGUAGUAAAUAAGUAAUCAUAAAUCAAUGAUCAUAAUGUUUAGCAUCUCAAAAUUUCAAUGAAAUACAAGGAUGGUUUACAAGUUUUA